CCAAUUCGCCCUAGCGAUUAAAUACCAAAAAAAAAAAAAAAAUUAACUACAACUGAACCCGAGCAAAUGAAAUGUGCAAAUAAAUGCACACGCCUAGUGCAUAAAUAAUAGUGCGAGAGUUCCCGUUUAGUGCGUGCGUAGUUUUGGUCAGCUGUGAAUUCAUGUCGUGAACGUCAAGAGUGAAACCUACAACUCCCAAAAGCAGCAACAACAACAGCAGCGCAGCGCAGAACAGCAGCAGCAGCAGAGAAAAGAUGGCGACGAGAGGCACAGCUCGCGUGCAAUCACAACCAAAAAUUUUUCCUUCACUCUUUUCGAAACUGCACGGUGCCAUCUCGGAGGCAUGCGUCUCGCAGCGCCUGUCCACGGACAAGAAAACGCUGGAGAAGACGUGGAAGCUGAUGGACAAGGUGGUCAAGCUCUGCCAGCAGCCCAAAAUGAACCUCAAGAACAGUCCACCCUUCAUACUGGACAUACUGCCGGACACGUAUCAGCGACUGCGUCUCAUCUACUCGAAGAACGAGGACCAGAUGCACCUCCUGCACGCCAACGAGCACUUCAACGUCUUCAUCAACAAUCUGAUGCGCAAAUGCAAGCAGGCCAUCAAGCUCUUCAAGGAGGGCAAGGAGAAGAUGUUCGAUGAGAACUCCCACUAUCGCCGUAACCUGACCAAACUUAGUUUGGUCUUCUCCCACAUGCUCAGCGAGCUCAAGGCGAUAUUUCCCAAUGGCGUCUUUGCCGGCGAUCAGUUUCGAAUCACCAAGGCCGAUGCGGCCGACUUCUGGAAGAGUAAUUUUGGUAACAGCACACUGGUGCCUUGGAAGAUCUUUCGACAGGAGCUAAACAAAGUGCAUCCGAUAUCGUCGGGGCUGGAGGCUAUGGCCCUGAAGACCACCAUUGAUCUGACGUGCAACGAUUUCAUUUCGAAUUUUGAAUUCGAUGUCUUCACGCGUCUGUUCCAGCCGUGGGUCACCUUGCUGCGCAACUGGCAAAUCCUGGCCGUCACACAUCCGGGCUAUGUGGCGUUUCUCACAUACGACGAGGUGAAGGCGCGUCUGCAGCGCUACAUCCUCAAGGCUGGCAGCUAUGUCUUUCGUUUGUCCUGCACACGACUCGGCCAGUGGGCCAUUGGCUAUGUGACGGCAGAGGGGGAGAUUCUGCAAACGAUUCCACAGAACAAAUCGCUAUGCCAGGCGCUGCUCGAUGGUCAUCGCGAGGGCUUCUACUUGUAUCCAGAUGGCCAAGCCUACAAUCCGGAUCUGUCCUGUGCGGUGCAAAGUCCUACCGAGGAUCACAUAACAGUCACACAAGAGCAAUACGAACUAUACUGUGAAAUGGGCAGCACCUUUCAAUUAUGCAAAAUCUGUGCGGAGAACGACAAGGACAUUCGCAUCGAGCCCUGCGGUCAUCUAUUGUGCACGCCCUGCCUCACCUCCUGGCAGGUGGACUCUGAGGGACAGGGCUGUCCCUUCUGUCGCGCCGAGAUCAAGGGCACCGAACAGAUCGUUGUGGAUGCCUUCGAUCCGCGCAAGCAACACAAUCGAAAUGUCACCAAUGGGCGACAGCAGCAGCAGGAUGAUGACGAUACAGAGGACAUGGGCGACUUCAACAUAGCCACCUCCUCGCUGCACGCUCUGAGCACCUCGGCAGCCGCUGGUGCCGCCGCGGAGAAGCACAGUCCGCACACAUCGCCGCGUCUGGGCCGGCGCAGCACCACGCCCAGCCUCAUGGCCGUGCAGAAUGAUCUCUAUUCGGGCGGCAGUCCGGUGCUCAGCCUGCCCAGCUCCAGCGCCUCGUCCACAUCAUCGGCGGCAGCAGGAGCAGCAGCAGCAGCAGCAGGAUCCUCCUCCACGCAGCCCCAGCCCUCGGCCCCGCCCGCCUCCGCUGUGCUGAGCAAUGGCGGCGGCUCCGCCAGCACCAGCCAGAAGACGACGAACCGCAUGAGCGCACCGCUGAUUGGCUCCUGCGUGACCAACUCCACGUACGGCCAGAAGCUGCCUGGAAAAUCAGAGAACUCGGCGUCCAGCGGCAGCGGCAGUGACACCGCCUCGACCAGCUCGUACGCCAUUCUGCAGAACCUCCAGGACUCGGCCUCAGGGCUGGGCAGCAACGCCUCCGCUGUGGUGGCACCCCCACUCCCGCCGCGCAAGUCCUCGCCGGGUGUCGAGACGCCGGGCAAGGUGAGUGCCACGCCCACCAGCAGCAAGAGCAUCGACAACAUUCAAUGCAGCAUGGACAAUGUGCCGCCACAGACGACAGCGCCCCCGAUUCCGCCGCAUGUGACGCCCAGCGUGGACACCCUGGCGGAGGAUCUGAUGCGGCAGCAACGCAUAGCGACUAGCACCACCUCCCCCGUGUUGUCCCUGCUGGACGAGGACAUCGUGGAGGUGGGGCCCGCGGAGACCAUUAGCGGCGUGAUCGAUACCCGCCCCCUGGAGGCACGUGGCCUGACCCUCACACGUCAGGAUUCGGCCUCCUCGCACUACACACAGCUGUGCACCACCAGUACUGGCGGUUCGGCGGCGCUGGCCGCUGCCGCAACCCUGGCCAACGGCAAGAAGGCCGCAUCCAAGCAGUCAGUGAACCAAACAACGACAGCGGCGGGGGCGACUGCAACAAAUCCUCCCCAGCAACAGCAGCAGCAGCAGCAGACGCAACCGCUGCUCUAUGCAAACGUGACGAUCAAUCAAAAAGACUGUGGCUCCGUGCCCUACGAGAACAUCAAUCUGGAGUAUAUAGCGCGACUGAUGAAUGCGGGAUAUUCGAAGGAGAAUGCGAUCACCGCUCUGGGGAUAUCGCGCAACAACAUCGAGAUGGCUGGCGACAUACUGCGCGAGUUUGUCUCCAAGAAUAGCGCCUAAAAGUGUGUCCCAAAAGACAAGCAAGAUUGACAGAUUGAUGGUUCAAAUGAUAAUGGAUGCGAAUGAUAAAUGUUAAUGCUGUUCCCAGGGCAAAGCAAACAAAUCUAAAUAGAAGUCUUAAGAAAAAGAAAUUCCACAUUAGACUCCCUCUCAAUCAUGGUGAAUAUUUAGGAGCACAAACACAAACACACACACGCAUACAUAUAUAUAUAUAUACAUGUAGGUACGCUAAACUCACGCCCUGCCCAGCCCCAUUAUGGGUUAAGAAUGCCUCCUUUCCCCCGCCCACAAACUUGGCGUAGCCAGCACACCAACAAGCAAUUCAACUUUCCCCCAGUUCGAUAAAGUUCCCUUAAAAAAAAACCAAAAAAAAAAUUAAAAGAAAAGGAAUAAAACGAAACAAAAAUUUAAGCAUAAAAAAAAAAACCCAAAAAUGGAUAUCAAAUAUAGCUAUGUACACGUAUGGUUAAGACUAUCUAACUUCUUCCUAUUAAGA